CCCCUUUCUCCUCCUCCGGCCCCCAGGCUCCCCCCGAAGGAGACCAGCUGGGCGCCCCGGCGGGCCAAGGGUUAAGAGCAGCUGCGCCGCCCUCCUAGAGAGGACAGGAAGGGAGGGGGCGGGUCUUCCGGAGGGCCCCUCUUGUCUCCUCCGGUGAGUCUCCUCUCCCCCCUGGGGGUCCUAUGGGGGGGGCUCCUGCAGGGAGGGGCAGGCAGGGCUUUGCCAAGGGGGGCGAGGGGGCCCCCGGUGGGGCUGGACUACAACUCCCAUCAUCCCUGAGGCCUGGCCUGGCGAGGCUGGGGGUGAUGGGAGUUGUAGUCCAGCCCCACCGGGGGCCCCCAGCUGGAGAAAGGCUGGUCCAGAUGCUGGACUGAUGACCCGGCGGGAAUGAAACGGAAGAGGAAGCCUUGGGGAGAAGCCCAGAAUCCCAGACUUGGAAGGGACCCAAAGGACAUCUAGUCCAGCCCCUGCAAUGCAGGAAUCUCUGCUCAGCUCCCCAGUGCAGGCGGCCCUCCACCUUCUGCUCAGAAACCUCCAAGGGAGGAGAGGCCGCCAUCUCUCCUGGGGGGGACAGGGCCCAGCAGCUCUUCAGUUUUUCUCCUUUCUGCAGGAGGCUGGCUCAGGAGGUCUGGCCAUCCCAGAGGAGAGGCCAUGGUGGGAAGGAGGGGCAGUGUGGUCUAAUGGUUAGAGUGCCGGACUGGGACAGGGUUCGAUUCGCCACUCAGCCAUGAAGCGUCAGUCACCAUCUCUUCGCCUGGCCUUCCUCACAGGGUUGUUGUGCGGGUGAAACAGGGAGCAGGAGAAUCCCGUAUUCCACCUUGAGAUCCUGGGACAUAAAAGUGGUCCGUACGUGUAAUCCAGAAAUGGCAGGGUGCGGGUGGGGUGAAAGAGGCAGCCCCCUCCAGUGCUGAGAGCAAUGGGGAGACCCUCUCUCCCCAGCCCCCUCUGCUCAGGCUGCGGCUCCCCAAGUCCCCUGGCCAGGAGUCCCCUGUUAAGCCACCCUAGGAAUUGUGGGAAAGAGCGCUUUCCUGUCCGCUCACCGCAUCCUGAACAAACUACGGUUCCCAGGAUUCUCGGGAGGAAGCCAGAACUCUGGAAAGGGCUCUGGUCCUGCUUGGCAGACGCACCACGGGGUCCGGGGUCUUCUUAUUGGCCUUUAUAAUAAUAAGAAUAAUAAUAAUUUAUUAGUUAUACCCACCUGGCCGGGGUUCCCCAGCCACUCUGGGCGCCUUCCAUAACAUAUUUUAAAAAAUCAAUAAAACACCAGAGAUUAAAAACUUCCCUCGCCUCUCACGCAGAGCUCCUCCAGAUGCAGGCGACGCCUCAGCUGCCUAUUCAGGCCCAAGUAAAGAGGCUGCCUUCUUCAUUCAUGUACAUUCACAAAAUGGGCAGAGAUCUCCGCAUCCCGGGGUCAGGAUGUGGGCUCUUGGUUCGUGAAUGGAUUUAAACCAAACCAGGAAGAAAGGGGAAAGAGGACAGAAGUGAGUGAGAGCCGUCCCUGUGACCCCCAGGCGCCAGGUCAGGAGCGCCUCUGGCUGGGCUGAGAUUCAGCCUCCUCGAGAGUCAUUUUCCUCCUCUGCCAUCUGAAGUCUCUGGGUGGAGGCGGGAGCAGCCGGUGAUUGACAGCCGAGCCAGGCCGGAGUGGGGGUGCAGUUCCCCCGAAAGGCCACCAGGGGGCCGGGGCCCCUCUCUCUCUCUGAUUGGCUGCCCAGCCAGUCAAAGGGGGCGGAGCCAGCACUUUGGGCGGGAAAAGAAAAGGAGCCGUUUCUGAGGGAGUUUUUAGUCAGGGACAGAGAAGGGAAAAGAGCAAAUUAUUGAUCAUUAUGAUGAUUAUUAUUUUAUCAUUUAUAUAUAUAUUUUUUAAAAAAAUAUUUAUUCAAAUUUUAAGAUUACAGAAAAAGUAAAAAGUAAAAAAAGAAAAACAAAUCACAUACAUCCUACAAGAAAAACACACAAUACAAAGAGAAAUACACAAGACAAAAAAUCACAAUAAAAAAAUAACAAAAGAAAAAUUCAACUUAAACCAUUAGAACCGUUUUCCCAUUUACUUAUUUCCGUGACUUCCUCUCACUUCUCUGCUUUGUAUUCUAAUUCAAAUUGUAUCUCCAGCAAAUCCUUCUAACCUUCUUUUCAUUUGCUUAUUUUAACAUUCAAAAAUAUUUAAUUCUCCUCUAUCUUUUAUUUUACACUUCAUAUUUACUUAAUUCCAUUAUACUCUGUCUGCCAAUACGGUCUAAUAUUCUUCUCCAACCUUUUCUAACAUUCUUUUAUAUUACAGUGAUUCUGAAGAUAUGUUUUGAAUUUUUUCCAAUCUUCUUCCAUCGACCCUUCUUCUUGAUCUCGAAUUCUGCCGGUCAUCUCAGCCAGUUCCAUAUAGUCUAUCACUUUUCUCUGCCAUUCUUCUCGGGUAGGCAAUUCUUGUGUCUUCCAGUAUUAUUUUAUCAUUUAUAGCCCUCCCGUCCGGCUGGGCUCCCCCAGCCACUCUGGGCAGCUUCCAGCACAUAUAAAGCCGUAGUAAAACGUCGACCCUGAAAAGCGAAGCUUCCCCAAAGAAGUUUAGUUUAAGAAUAACUUAACUUCUGCCUGAAAGAAUGCCUCUCCUGACCCAACUUGCUUUCACCAACUUUUUGUGUUAAAAAAAAAAGCUUUUCUGGUUUGACCAACUCCUGCUUCAGACUGCAAAUCACUAGGUUUUCCCUCCCUGACAGCCUGUGGCAAACGGUAGAAAUUUGGUGGGGAACAAUAAUGAGUGGGCUCUGCUCCAGAGGCUCCUCAGAGAUUGGGGUCCAAGUGAACCCCUCAUGUCAGCACCUUGAACGGAGCCCCAUUGUUGUGGGGACUCAGUGAGGAGGGGUAGAAAUGCCAUUAAUAAAGGGAGCCCAGCCAAUCAUCUGGGAGCUGCCAGAUUGGUCUGGCAUGACUUGUUUUCGAGAAACCCCUGCUGGGUCUUAGUAAUCACAGCAUCCUUUUCUCAGUCCUCACAGACUGACGGUUUAAUGAUCUGUUCUAGGACCUUCCCUGGUUGCCUGGUAUCAAUCUCAAGCUCACCGGUCAGUAGUUUUUCCUGUUUUUGAAGAUGGGGGCAACAUUUGCCCCCCUCCAGUCUGCAGGAGCCUCUCCUGUUCUCCAGGAAUCCUCAGAGCUCUAGAUGAAGGCUCUGAGCUUACAUCCCCAAGCUCCUUCAGUACCUUGGAUGCAGCUCAUCAGGUCCUGGAGAUCUGAAUUCAUUUGAAGAAGCCAGGUGUCCAGUUACUCCCUCUUUUCCGAUCCUGGACUGCAGCUCCCUCCUUACAUCAUUUAUUCUUUGAUUACUAGGCUGGGCAUCACUUUCCUUAUGCAGCCACACUGUUUUCCUUAGAUGCCUCUCACUUUUCUUUCCGGUUGGGACUGCCUGCAUUUGGGCCUUCAAUAUUUCACCUUUGAGAAGCUCCCAUUUAUUUCAGUAUUUCAGAACAUAGGAUCUCACCCAUACCUCCUUAAGCCUUUUUUAAUUGGCCGCCUUAAAGUGAAUUCCUGACUACACUCAGCUUGCGUUUCCCUCUGUCUCAGGGGAGGACAUGAUCACUUUCUCCCAAGUUUCCCAGUACUUCCACUUGCUUGAUCAGUUCCCAUCUGUUGUUGAGGACUAGGUCCAAGACAGAUGAUCCCCUUCUUGUUUCUUCCACCUUCUGGGUCAUGAAAUUGUCAGUGAGGCAAUUCUGCAUGGUCGCUUUCCUUAGACCAGGGCUAGACGCUUCCUUCUCUCUCUUCUUCCUUUUUUCCUGUUAAUGAAAGUUCAGAGUCAGGGCUGUGGUGCAGUCCAGCCCUGGCUCCUAGCAAGACUCAGCCACGCUUGCUCAGGAAACAUUUCUCUUCUCCUGACCAUGUAUCAGUCUGAUAACAGACCAAUAUGUUUGCUUUGUAGGCUUUGCUAGCACCUCUAAAUCGGACCAUCAGAACUUGGCAGAAAACGAAAGGAUUCCUUCCGAUCUCUUGGAGGCUUCAUGAGAGCCCAGAUGGAUGAGCAAGACUCAGCUGGCCCUGAAGCAGGAGGAGGCCCUGCCCUCCAAACUGGGAGCAGUGGGAGAUUAUGGGAAAACUCAGAGCAGAAGAUCCCAGGUGAGGAGGACACCCUCUGCUCAGAGGUGCAGAGCCAGCAGUUGACGCAGUCCGGCUCUCAGGAGGCCAAAGGACCCCGAGAGGCUUGCGGCCGACUCCACCACCUCAACUGUCAGUGGCUGAAGCCAGAAAGUCAUACGAAAGCUCAGAUGCUGGACCUGGUGAUCUUGGAGCAGUUCCUGGCUGUCCUUCCGCUGGAGAUGGAGAGCUGGGUGAGGGAAUGUGGAGCAGAGACCAGUUCCCAGGCUGUAGCCCUGGCUGAAGGUUUCCUCCUGAGUCAGGCGGAGGAGAGGAAGCAGGUGAGAGAGACUUUCCUCUGGAAACUCCCAAGGGGCUCCAAGCAAGACAGGGAGCCUUCCAAGAUGCUCUCCUAAUGGCUUGCCCUCUUUGGAGAAGCAAGGGAUGAGAUCUGCUCCCCUAAAGCGUUUGCUCCGAUCAUUCCUUUUCUAAUCCUUCUCCCCAUUCUCUGUUUUAAAUCCUUGUUACUCUUUCAGGAAAAGGGUCUCUUUGCAGAAAUGGGCCUGGAUUCCUGUGAGGCAGAAAAGACUCCGUUGGACGCCAGAGGGAGGCCACUGGGUAAGGAGGAACUCGUCUUUCUUCUCAUUCUGUGGAUCUUGAAACUAAUCUUUGGGUUCUGUUCAUCUUUAGGGGGGGAGGCACUUGGGGCCAAGAGCCCAAAGGGGGGGAAGAUAUAUUUUGACAGAACAAAAAUUUGAAAUGGGUACAAUGUCAAAAUGCACUCAACAAGCAAGACCUUUUCCAUGGCACAUCUAUGGCACUUAUCUCCAAGUGCCGAACCUCUAGUUACAGGUAGGUAGCCGUGUUGGUCUGCCGUGGUUGGAAAAAGAAAAAAAACUCCUUCCAGUAGCACCUUAGAGACCAACUAAGUUUGUUAUUGGUAUGAGCUUUCAUGUGCAUGCACACUUCUUCAGAUACACUGAAACAGGCUUCUGAAAGAGACUUCUGUUUCAGUGUAUCUGAAGAUGUGAGAGACGCAGGACCUGAUGGCUUCCCUUUGACUUUUGUCUCUCGCAGGUGACCGAAGGAUGCCCCCCAGACCUCCUCAUCCAUCUUUUCAUGAGAACGGAGGAGAAGCAGCAGCUGUGGAAACAGAUCUGGUAUGGGGAAAGAGCUUUGUGGGGAAAGAGUCAGAGGAGUGGGGCAGCCAGGGAGCCUCUGGGCCGGAAGGAAUUUCUCCUCCUCUUGGCUUCUGUCAAAGCCUCGGUCCUGAACAAAGAUGGACAGUGCCAUUGGAGAAGCUCUAUGUGCUGACAGGAAUGAACAGCCAUCUCUCCUUAACUGGGCUUGGAAUGUCACUAUUUUUAUGAUUUAUCAGUAGCUGCAGUUAUAUUUCUAUAUUGAUCGUUAGAUGCCAAAAUCUAAUCAGGCUUCUAAGCAGUUGAGAAGCCAUAAAAACUGUGGCCGGGAUUCACCUCAGCAGCCCCAUCAGCUGCACAAGGGGAAUCCCCCUCCUCCCCCUCUCUGUGCCCCCAUGAGCCCCUUGAAGUUGGCUGUAGGGCAGAGGGAGGGUCCCAUCGCCCCCCAAGCAUCGCACAGCGGGAGUAGAGAAGGGAGCAUUCUGUCUGGCAGACAGGAAUACUUCCACAGACAGAAUAAUUUGAAGAACACCAUGCGGAGUUCCACCCAUUCACACAAAGAUUAAUACCCAUCAUUAAAAUGCACAGUAAAAUAAAUCAACUGAAAUGCUAAAAUAGCCAUCCAGACCUAAAAUGUGCAGCAAAAUAAUCCCAUUAAAAGAACACAACAAUGAAUGGGCAGAAAACAACUGAGCAAUGUAUAGUGGAUAAUCUUUAUGCUGUCUCAGAAGAGGACCUUUUCCCUUUUCCUUCAGGGUCCUCUGUGCUUUGAAGAUGUCGCUGUGUGUUUCACAGAGGAGGAGUGGGCGUUGCUGGAUCCUGACCAGAGAGCUCUGCAUAAGGAAGUCAUGGAGGAGAAUCGUAGGAUUGUGGACUCUCUCAGUAAGGCUUCCAGCUGGAUCAUAAUAUAUGUUUUGAAAUACACACACACACACACCCCUACCUACACCUGUGAGAAUCCUGCAAUAUUUUGCUGGCGCUUGACAGCACCUGGGAUUCUCAUUCCUCAUAGCUCACCUUGAAUCUACAGUUCUGUCUGCAAGUAUUCUUGCCCCACAUAUGCCUUUUUAAACCAUGACCAGGCUGGUCUGAGCUGCCCAGACCUUCUUGAAUGUAACUUUCUGUGUGGUGGCAGAAGAAGUAGCAGCUUCUGUGAGGUUUUCUGUUUUUGCUUUGGUCAUUUUCUGGUUGACCAAAGAGACAACUGGCCUUGCAGAUGGAGGAGAUUCCAUGAUUAGGCCAAACAAGAUCUAUCCUGCCAGAUGCCAGGCUGUUUGAAUCUCAGGUUCCCAUCAAUCUGUGUGUCAUUGACAGUCAACAAAGGCAGUGAACCCUGUAGUAAGACCUCAGAUCUAACUUCCUUCCGUUCUUCAUCUAUCACAAACAUUCAUUAGCAGUCUUCCAUAAUUUGGGGCUCUAUUUCUUCCUGAGGCUCUAAUCUGUUUCUCUCUUUGAUUCAGGUGCUGAUGGAUUGGAAAUUAUGAACAAGGGGAACCGUGACAACAUUCACACAGUGGGGAAGUUGUAUAAAUAUUUGGAGUGUGGAGAGAGUUAUAGUCUGAGCUCCCAUUCUACUUCCCAUAAAAUAUAUCCUAUUGGGAAAAAUCGUUAUCGGUACUUGAAAGAUGGUAAGACGUUUCGUCAGAAGACAUUUCUCACUUUCCCUAAAAGAACUCACAGCAGGGAGAAACCCCAUCAGUGUUUGGAAUGUGGGAAGAGCUUCACUCGCAAGAAUAGUCUCACUUUCCAUAAAAGAAUUCAUACAGGGGAGAAACCCCAUCAGUGCUUAGAAUGUGGGAAGAGCUUUAGUCACAGGGCUGUGCUCAAGGCCCAUCAAAGAAGUCAUACAGGGGAGAAACCAUACAAGUGCUUGGAAUGUGAAAAGGGCUUCAAACUGAAGAGACAUCUCACUUAUCAUCAAGCAAUUCACAGUCGGGAGAGACCAUAUCAGUGCUUGGAGUGUGGGAAGAGCUUCAGUUGGAAGGACUAUCUCAUAUACCAUCAAAGGCUUCAUACAGGGGAGAAGCCAUAUAAAUGCUUUGAAUGUGGAAGGGGCUUCAGGAAAAGGGUCCAUCUCACUUCCCAUCAAAGAAUUCAUACAGGGGAGAAACUAUAUCAGUGCUUGGAAUGUGGGAAGAGCUUCAGCCAGAGGGGUCAUCUCACUUCCCAUCAAAGUAUUCAUACAGGGGAGAAACCAUAUCAGUGCUUGGAAUGUGGAAAGAAUUUUAGUCGGAAGGGUACCCUUACUUCACAUGAAAGAAUUCACAGAGGAGAGAAACCAUAUAAAUGCUUUGAAUGUGGAAGGGGCUUCAUUAGGGGCUGCCAGCUCACUUCCCAUCAAACAAUUCACACUGGGGAGAUACCCCAUCAGUGCUUAGAAUGUGGGAAGAACUUCACUAGCAAGAAUAGUUUCACUUCCCAUCAAAGAAUUCAUACAGGGGAGAAACCGUAUCAGUGCUUGGAAUGUGGAAAGAAGUUCACCUGGAAAAAAAGUUUCACAUCCCAUCAAAUAAUUCAUACAGGGGAGAAACCGUAUCAGUGCUUGGAAUGUGGAAAGAGCUUCAGGCAGAAAGCUAAGCUCACAGAUCAUCAAAUAAUUCAUACAGGGGAGAAACAAUAUCAGUGCUUGGAAUGUGGAAAGAGCUUCAGUAGGAAGAGAAGUCUGACUUGCCAUCAAAGAAGGCAUACAAGGUAUGAACCCUAUAAAUGCUUGGAGUGUGGAAAGAGUUUCAGUCGGAAGGACCAUCUCAUAUCCCAUCAAAGUAUUCAUACAGGGGAGAAACCAUAUCAGUGCUUGGAGUGUGGGAAGAGCUUUAGUCGGAAGGACCAUCUCACUUCCCAUCAAAGAAUUCAUAUAGAGGAGAAACCAUAUCAGUGCUUAGAAUGUGGGAAGAGCUUCAGUCGGAAGGACCAUCUCAUAUCCCAUGAAAGUAUUCAUACAGGGGGGAAACCCUAUAAGUGCUUGGAAUGUGGAAAGAGCUUCAGGCAGAAAGCUAAGCUCACAGAUCAUCAAAGUAUUCAUACAGGGGAGAAACCAUAUCAGUGCUUGGAAUGUGGGAAGAGCUUCAGUCAGAAGGCUUUGCUCACAGCCCAUCAAAGAAGUCAUACAGGGGAGAAACCCCAUCAGUGCUUAGAAUGUGGGAAAAGCUUUAGUCGCAAGGAUAGACUCACUUCCCAUCAAAGAAUUCAUAUAGAGGAGAAACCAUAUCAGUGCUUAGAAUGUGGGAAGAGCUUCAAUCGGAAGGACCAUCUCACUUCCCAUCAAAGAAUUCAUAUAGAGGAGAAACCAUAUCAGUGCUUAGAAUGUGGGAAGAGCUUCAAUCGGAAGGACCAUCUCAUAUCCCAUCAAAGAAUUCAUACAGGGGAGAAACCAUAUCAGUGCUUAGAAUGUGGGAAGAGCUUUAGUCGACAGAAUAGUCUCACUUCCCAUCAAAGAAUUCAUACAGGGGAGAAGCCAUAUCAGUGCUUGGAAUGUGGAAAGAGCUUUAGUCGACAGAAUAGUCUCACUUCCCAUCAAAGAAUUCAUACAGGGGAGAAGCCAUAUCAGUGCUUGGAAUGUGGAAAGAGCUUCAAAUGGAAGAAAAGUCUCACUUACCAUCAAGGAACUCAUAGCAGGGAGAAUCAUGGUAUUUGAAGAUGGGUCUCAUAUGUCCUCUCAAUCUCCUCUUUUCCAGUCUCCUUCUAUCAUUCCUUAAAAGGCUAGGUUUCCAAAUGCUUGAUUAUAUUGGUCACCCUUCUCUGCACAGAUUCCAGCUUCUCAAUAUCCUCCUUUGAUUGUGACAUCCAGAAUUGAGCACAGGACUCCAGGUGUGGUCUGACCAAUCAGAAAGGAACAUAGUAUUACUUCCCAGGACCUGGAUAUUAGACGCCUGUUGAGGUAGCCUAAAAUAGCAUUACCUUAUUUUGCUACUGACUCACCUUGUUGACUCACGUUAAGCUUUUGGUGUCCUAAGACCCUUAGAUCCUUUUCACAUGUGCUGCUGGCAAGCGUGGUGUUUCCCAUAGAAUCAUAGAAUUGCAGAGGUCUAAUGGUCUUAGUGGACCACAAGCUGAACAUGAGUCAACCGUCUGAUGGCAUCCAGCAUGGAAUGUGUCCCUCCGUUUUUCAGCAUUUUUAGUAGUCUAUAGCAGUCUCUGCUCUUUUUGCCUUCCCUGGGAGGAAGGUGGAGUGGAUGUCUGAAACUCAAUGUCAAACUGAAACUCAAUCCAGAUAAGACUGAGGCAGUUAGUGGGUGGUGCCCUAGACCAGAUGGGUGGGAGAUGGCCUGCUCUUAAAAAAAAUUAAAUUGGUUUUACAUAAAGUUAUACACGAUACCUGUAACCUUUCCAAAACAUAAACAGUAACAAGGUUCUUUCAGACCUUCCACCACAUGGGUUCCAGUUCUAAAGAUGUUAUCUUUUCCCUUUUUUCUGCAUCUUUUACCAUUAUCCAUCUCUUAUGUAACCAUAGUAACCAAAGUUCAGUUCACAUUACAAGUGUCCUUGUAUCCCUGCCCAUGAUUUUAACUGUCUACAGUGGUCUUUCAAGUAUACAGUAAAAUUAUUCCAGUCUUUUAAAAAUACUUGUUCUUCCUGGUUUCUGAUCUUUCCCCUUAGUCUCGCCAUUUCUGCGCAUUCCAUCAGUUUGGUCUGCCGCUCUUCUUUAGUCGGUACUUCACCUUCUUUCCAUCUCUGGGCCAAAAACAUUCUCACUGCUGUCGUUGCAUACGUAAACAGUCUCUUAUUUUCUUUGGUAAUUCAUCACAUAUUAUAUUAUAACAGAAAAGCCUCUGGUUUUCUGACAAAGGGUGAGGGGAGAGACUCCAUCAGGCAAGGCCUCCUUCCACCUGCCUUGCCCCACCCUCUGCUUCUCAAUGUGUAUUGUAUUGUUUUGUGUACUGUGGCUUGCCGUUGUUUUAUUGAUUACACUGGUCAACAACAAAUUUGUUGUCUGCGUUUUUUCAGCUGAUUUAGGAUGAAUCUGAUGCGCUGAAUCCAAAAAUCACAUUGGUUUUGCUCAGUCAGGUCAAGUUUUUGAGCUAUGGCCACAUGUUGUUUUUUUACGUUUUUGUUCACAUGUACGCUUGUGUGGAGCAUUUUAGAAGAAGUUGCUGGGGGUACAAUGCCAUGUUGAAUAAUUGUUUUGAUUGGAAAUGAUUAUUUUAAUGACAAGAAGUAUUCAGGUCCAAUAGUUUUGGGUGAUUAUGUCGAAAAGGGAUCAGUUUGAAGUCAUAAAGCCUCGAAAUCUACCAUAAAUUGGUGCGGCAAAGCAUAAAGUUGGGGGAUCAAAACCCCUGGCUCACUCGAGUACAUUGAAGGAGAACUAUGAAGGGGUGAAGUAUGUGCUGGAGAAAAUUGGUUAUGAUCAGCAUAAGUGGUUUAUUUGUGUUGACCUGAAGAUGGUGAACUGUUGGGACAACAGUCUGGCUUCACCAAGUUCCCAUGUUUUCUGUGCAUGUGGGAUAGUAGGGACCGUGCUCAGCAUUACAUGAAGAAGGACUGGCCUGUGCGGGAGGAAUUGGUGCCUUGAAGAAAAAGGAACGUCAUCAACAACCCUCUGGCGGACAGAGACAGAAUACUCUUCCCACCACUGCACACCAAGCUCGGCUUAAUCAAGCAGUUCACCAAGGCUCUGGACAAGGAUGGUGACUGCUUCACUUACUUGUGCCAGGCUUUUCCAGGAUUGACCAUGGAGAAGUUGAAAGCUGGCAUCUUUGAUGGUCCUCAGAUCCGUCAGCUCAUCAGAGAUCCAGAGAUCAGAAACUCAGUGAACGAAGUGGAACUGGAAGCGUGGAAGGCAUUUGUUCUGGUAGUGAAGAACCUUCUUGGCAACAAUAAGGCCAGAAACUACGCAGAACUUGUCAACAACAUGCUGACUGCUUUCAGAAACCUGGGCUGCAACAUGAGCGUCAAGAUGCACUACCUAUUUUCACAUAUGGACCGGUUUCCUGAGAACCUGGGUUCAAUGAGUGACAAUCGGGGAGAGAUUCCAUCAGGACAUGAAAGAGAUGGAGACCAGGUAUCAGGGUCGCUGGGACGCAGUCAUGAUGGCUGACUACUGUUGGACUCUGAAGAGAGACCUCCCUGCCGCUGAGCAUUCCUGGAGUUCCAAGAAACGGAAGUUCAAGCCCUGAAGUUUGUAAAAUGGUGAAGCAACAUGCAAUUUACGUGUACUUACCUUUAUCAAUGUCCACCAUUCAGUUUACAGUAAUCGAUGUUUCUAUCAGGUCAUCAAUAUAUGUUGUUGGAAAAAAGAAUUUUUCCCUUUAAAACAUAUUUAGGAUGAUAUGUGUUGACAAAAAUCAGCUGAUAAUGCCACAAAAAUGUAAUCGAUUUUGUCACAAGAUCUGAUUUUUUUCAAAUCAACAUAGCACCAAAACCUGACCUGAUGGAGAGAAACGGAUGCCAUUUCCUGAUUCAGCAGUGCAAAAAUACCCUAAAUCAGUUGUAGAAAUCUAGACAACAUUCAAAAAGUAAAAAAUUGUUGCCCAGUGUUAUACUUUAGAUAUUAUUGUAUCUGUUGAGUGGAUUUCUGUUUAACUUUUAUAUGUUAUUAUUAUGUUAUACUAUUCUAAGUAAUGGUUGAAUGUUGCUAUUUUGAUGUAGGCUGCCUAUUUUAAAGUUAUGUUUUGUAUUGCAUUAGAUUGUUAGAAGAUGUACAUUUUCUGUUUCUUCAGCUUGUAAACCGCCUUGAGUAUUGUAAGAUAGAAAGACAGUAUACAAAUUAAAAUUGAUGAUC